AUGUUGAUCCCGACUCUGGUGGCCAUCAUCGCAGUUGCGCUGCGCUUCUGGAUCAGAUGGAGGAAGCUGCACAGCGAAGACUGGGUCACAUUAGGUACAAUGAUAUUCAGCACUGCCUAUACAACAUCUGGCAUCGUUCAGACGAGAUUUGGCCUGGGACUUCCAUGGGCCAUGCGGCCAGCAGAAUACACGCGAGAGUACUUGGUGGCUAACUAUGCUGCGUGGCCUUUCUAUCUCUUUGCACUUGCAGGCUUCAAGCUUGCCCUCUGCAUCUCAUACUUACGAAUGACACGAGGGAGUCUCGAUACCAAAUAUCGUCACUUCAUCAUCGGAGUCGCAAGCUUCUCCUCUGCGGCCCAUCUGGUUUUUGUCCUCAUGUUUAUGUUUGCAUGCCAGCCACUGUCUCGCAUAUUCGACUUUUCCAUUGAAGGAUAUUGCCUUCCUUUCUCUGCUGUCAAUUAUGCACUCGGCGCAACCGUCGUCGUCCUGGACGUCACAAUAUUCCUUCUCCCAAUCCCGCUGAUCCGCAGAUUGCGUCUCGAUCGUGCCACUAAGACCGGACUAAUCAUUGUGUUCGCCCUUGGACUGAUAACAACUGUACUUUCCAUCCUUCGACUCCAGCAAAUCCCUCGAAUAGUAAACGGAGAUGGCGACACAACCAAGUUCACCGUUCGCGGUUCAAUGGAGCUCAAUGUCGGGAUCAUAACAUCCUGCCUUCCUUUUCUCCGUCCAGUCUUCCGACACCUCCCACCCAAAUUCCUAGCCUGCUUCUCCACAAACGCCUCCUCUAAAGCCAGCCAAGGACCUGGCUUCAAUCCCAUCCUAACAAUCGGCGGCGGCGGCGGCGGCAGCGUCUCCCAUCAACACUCCUCACCCAGCGCACCWCAAAUAGGAAACCACAGCGCAAUCAGCAGCAAGUCCACAAGUAAGCGAGACAGCACCUCGCUCCUCACCUCCUUUCAAAGUCGCCCGCGAUCUCCAGAAGCCGUGCAUCAGCAAGCCCAUUCAGAAAUGAGCGUCAUGAAGACUGUACACGUAGAAGUCGAUAGCGUGCAGGCUCCUCUCUCCCCGACGUUGUGGUUGGCUGCUGAUCGGGGAGGAGGAGAGGAAUUCGGACGGGGAAAGACGAGGAGGGAGGUCUGGGAAUUCUCGCCCACGCUUGGGUAA